AUGGCUUCUGACACUCUGAUUCCGGAUACACGAGUUCUCGCAAUCGCCAGCCAUGUAGUCCACGGCUAUGUGGGCAACAAGAUGGCGACCUUUGUCAUGCAGUCACUAGGGUGCGACGUUUCUGCGAUCAAUACCGUACACUACAGUAAUCACACGGCGUAUAAGCAGAUUAAAGGCACGAAAACGUCGGCAGGCGAGAUUCUCGAGCUUUACGAAGGCCUCCGCCAAUCCAACCUCAACAACUUCGACGUGCUCCUAACAGGAUAUAUGCCCAGCGCCGAAGCUGUACAAGCGAUAGGAACGAUUGGAAGGGAUAUCAAGUUCAAUGCGGGUACAAAGCCUGGAAGCUUUUUCUGGGUGCUUGACCCGGUCAUGGGAGACAACGACAAGCUAUACAUACCCGAGGACGAGGUACCAGAGUACAAGGGAUUACUGCGUGAGGCAGAUCUUAUCCUACCCAACCAGUUCGAGGCUGAAUUACUCUCCGAGACUCCAAUCACCGACCUCAAGUCUCUCGCAGCUGCAAUCCAAGUACUUCACACGAAAUAUCAAGUCCCCCACGUCAUUAUAACAUCGCUCCGCUUGACCCGCGACAACCAAACAGUGUCCUCCAGACCAGUAUCAAAAGCCGGUACAGGAACACACACCCCUUCAAACACCCAACCCCAUGAUGCAGCAACUUCACAUUCCUCUACCUGGGAGCACCUCCCUAAGCCCCAGCAAAGCACCCCCCUCAACGACUCCGACGACAUCGAAAACCUAACCAUCAUCGGUUCCACGGCAACCUCCGACCACAAACCCCGCCUCUUCCGCAUCGACACCCCACAACUGCCCCUCUUCUUCUCAGGCACCGGCGACAUGUUCGCCGCCCUCACCAUCCCGCGCCUAAUCGAAGCCGUGCACUCUGCCUCAACCCCCGAGUGCCCCCUCCACUCAAUCCCCAGCUGGCGCUCACCCGACGACGUGGCAGCCACGGACCUCCCGCUCGCCCGCGCGUGCCAGAAGGUGCUUGCGUCUAUGCAAUCUAUUCUGACAAAGACGACGGCGGCGUGCUUGAGUCGGAUGCAGGAGUAUGAUGAGCAGGUUGGAGGGAGUGCGGGGGAGGUGCGGAGUAAGGAGGAGGAGGCGGAGGCGGACAAGAAGAGGCAUCUUGCGCUUAUGAAUGCGAGUGAGGUUACGGUUGUGCGGUACGUGAGGGAGUUGGUGGAGCCGCCGGAUGUGGAGAGGUUUGCGGCGGAGGCGGUGGUUGGGGUGUAG